AUGGCAAAAAGAGGGUUAGUUAUUUCAAAUUUGGAGGAAGGGUAUGAGAUGAGAAAUUAUUGUGAAUUCCACCAUAAAAUAGGGCACGAAAUCCAAGAAUGUGAAGGAUUCAGGGCUUUAGUUCAAAGCAUGAUGGAUAAUAAGGAGAUGAGGUUCUAUGAAGAUGCGGAAGAAAGGAGGAGCAUAUACGCGACAGAGUUGGGAACGGGGACCCCAGAAAUAAAUCAUCCUAUAGUCAUUAUCUCACGACCUAAGAGUAACGAAGCUAGGGUUCAGGUAACACCAAAAAUUGUAAUCACAAAACCGUCAAGUUUCACAUAUAAGGAUGACAAAAUGGUCUCAUGGAAUUACGGAUGCAAUGUGACAAUCCCAGGAAAAGAAGUUGAGGGUAAUAUGGUAAAAGAAUACCAGGAAAGGGGUUCUUAUACACGUAAUGGGAAGUGUUAUGACACUCGAGCAGAAUUGCCAAGAGAAAAAACUCCGACGGUGGAACAGAGGAAAAGGAAGGCGGUGGAAUCUGAAUCAUUGUUCAGAAGUCAUCGAAGUGCGCUGAUGAAAGUACUAAACGAAACAUAUGUGGCCGAGGACAUCUCAAUCAAUAAAUUGGAUCGCUUGGUCAACAAUAUAAGUGCUGACAAUUUUAUCUUCUUCAAUAAUGAUGAAAUACUGUCUGGAGGUAGGGGUUCUACUAAAGCUCUAUACAUUACUACCCGAUGUCAGGGGGACACAUUACUGGGGGUUUUGAUCGAUAAUGGAUCUGCAUUGAACGUAUUGCCUUUAUCCACUCUUAAUCACUUACCUGUGGAUAGUUCACAUAUGAAACCCUGCCAGAAUAUAGUAAGGGCAUUUGAUGGAACGGAAAGAAGGGUUAUAGGAAGAAUUGAAAUACCAUUAAGAAUUGGCCCAAUUACUUAUGAGGUGGACUUUUUAGUAAUGGAUAUUAAGCCUUCCCACAAUUGUUUACUAGGGAAACCGUGGAUACACUCAGUAGGGGCAGUACCUUCAUCGUUACAUCAGAAGGUGAAGCUAAUAUCAGAGGGUCGAUUGGUAACAAUAAGUGCGGAGGAGGAUAUUAUCGCGAUGGUAACGGGUGAUGCACCUUAUGUAGAGACCAAUGAUGAGGCAGUGGAAUGUUCUUUCCAGUCAUUGGAAUUUGUAAACGCAACAUUUAUCGCUGAAGGAAAUAGGAUCUCGGUACCAAAGAUAUCCAAGACUACUGAGAUGGGUCUGCAGUUGAUGGUAGGAAGAGGAGCUUCGCCAGGAAAAGGGUUGGGAAAGUACCUUCAAGGAAGGGUUGAAGCACCCAUGCUGAAGGGAAAGUUUGAUCGUUUUGGCUUAGGUUACAAGCCAGAUAUGAAACAAAGGAGAAAAGAAGUGGAGAAAAGGUAG